AAAAUACUCAAAAUACCAAGUCAUUCAUCGCGACUCUUCAACAGUUUUUCACCGAGACUUUUUUUGUUUUUUUUGACAGUCGCACCAUAAACAUGGAGGAAAUGAAUGUCUCGCUACCUGAAAAGGACAUCAGUGACAUUGAUCCCAAGGCAGCAAUUGGCCAUCCAACGGGAGUUAGUGAGGACACAGAAAUGGAAGACCUUUAUACUAAAUACAAGAAAUUACAACGCCAGCUUGAAUUUCUUGAAGUUCAAGAAGAGUAUAUCAAAGAUGAGCAACGAAAUCUCAAGAAGGAAUAUCUUCAUGCUCAAGAAGAAGUGAAACGGAUACAAAGUGUUCCUUUAGUUAUUGGUCAAUUCUUAGAAGCCGUAGAUCAAAAUACUGGUAUUGUUGGUUCAACCACAGGAUCAAACUAUUACGUAAGGAUUUUGUCAACUAUUGACAGAGAAUUGCUGAAACCUUCUGCUAGUGUGGCUCUCCACAAACACAGCAAUGCUUUGGUCGAUGUUUUACCACCAGAAGCAGAUUCCAGCAUUUCUAUGCUUCAAGCCGAUGAGAAGCCUGAUAUACUGUAUAGUGACAUUGGAGGUAUGGACAUGCAAAAGCAAGAAAUUAGAGAAGCUGUAGAAUUGCCUCUCACACACUUUGAACUCUAUAAACAAAUUGGUAUUGACCCACCAAGAGGUGUCUUGAUGUAUGGCCCACCCGGAUGUGGAAAAACCAUGUUGGCAAAAGCAGUUGCCAGACAUACUACAGCUGCUUUUAUCAGAGUUGUGGGUUCUGAGUUUGUGCAGAAGUAUUUGGGUGAAGGACCCCGUAUGGUACGAGAUGUCUUUCGUCUAGCCAAAGAAAACUCUCCAGCAAUCAUCUUUGUAGAUGAAAUCGAUGCUAUUGCUACGAAGCGUUUUGAUGCUCAGACAGGAGCUGAUCGGGAAGUGCAACGUAUUUUACUGGAAUUACUCAAUCAAAUGGAUGGUUUUGAUCAAACAACUAAUGUUAAAGUUAUUAUGGCAACAAAUAGGGCUGACACUCUUGACCCUGCUCUUUUACGUCCUGGCAGAUUGGAUCGUAAAAUUGAGUUCCCACUGCCUGAUCGCCGUCAAAAACGAUUAAUUUUCUCUACCAUUACCAGCAAAAUGAAUCUUAGCGAAGAAGUAGAUUUAGAAGAUUACGUUGCACGACCCGACAGAAUAUCUGGUGCCGACAUUAAUGCGAUUUGUCAAGAAGCAGGUAUGCAUGCUGUGAGGGAAAAUCGAUACAUCGUUCUUAAUAAAGACUUUGAAAAAGGCUACAAAAACAACAUCAAGAAGGACGAAUCCGAGCACGAAUUUUACAAAUAAAUUUCAGACUGCAAAGUCUCCACUAACUUCUGUGCGGAGCUUAAAUAAAGGCUUUCUUUUUUAAUAAA